AUGGCUGUGACAAAUGGAAUGUUUCUUUUUGAAGUGGUCGUAGAAAGAAUCAAGAGUUUGGUAGACAGCCGUUGUUUGAUCAUAAGAAGCGAUUUUGCUGAUAUAUUCUCACUGGAGCUGAAAGAUCCCAAACAAAUGCAUAUUGUUAUGCCAGAGCCUCCACCUUUGCCGCCAGAGCCAACUGGAAAAGGAAAGAAAAAGAAACCACCAAAACCAAAAAAAGGGAAGAAAGGCAAAGUGGAAGAAUCUCCUCCAGAACCAGUAAUACAAUCGGGACAGUCGGUUUUAUUUACGAGUAGUGCAGAAUUUCUUAUACAAAGCAUGAAGAAAUUUCCAAUGGAAGUCUCUUUGUGGAGUAAAGAAGAUAAUUUGGUCUUUAUUGGCUCCAUUAGUAUUCCAUGGGAUGAUAUAUUUUUAAAAUAUUUAAAAAAAAUAUGCGAUUGCCAAGAGCCUUUACCUGUUACUUUAAAUGAAGAAUAUAAUGUUUUCGAAGAAGGCACAGCAAAAUUAAUGGCGAAAAUAGGUCUUCAAAUCAAACUCACCUACUUGACUGAUAAAGUAACAACAACAUUUCGCACACUCUCUGAAGAUCCGACAGUGAAGAAAUAUUUAUAUACGGGCGUUAAUUCCAAAACAACCUCUUAUAUUUGCACUAUGAAAACAACGGAUGCUGUUUUUGAAGAAAAUUGUAACAAAAUUGAAAAUACCUUUGUUAAAGAUAAACCAAAGCUAAAUAAAAUCGUUUAUGCUGAUUAUAAAAAUGCUCCUGGUGCUAAUCUAACUUUCUUCAAUGAAGGCGAUUAUUGUUGCAUGAGUAAUGCAGACAAACCACCAGAAUCUAUUUACAAAGCACCAGAAACAUAUCCCGAUAUAGAUUAUAUUAUUGAUUAUGUUCGGAAAAUUAUUAUAUCUUGCAAUGAUAAUAUGAGAAUGCUAACACCUCGUCCAACAAUUAGCCCCAGAGUUAAAGCUACUGAUAUAGAUAGACUUUGUUAUUGCAAAGAGACUAGAUGGCCUGAUGGUAAAUUAGCAGGAAGAUUUAAAAAAGAAGUCCAAAACGAUCCUUGUCCUGUUUGUACAAAGGCUGAAAAAAAACCCGAAGGUUUUCGUGCAGCAACAUUGGAUAUAGCCAAUAUAAGAGGUCCUUGUGGUAGAGCUGACUGUAAAAUUGCAAGAGCAAUGAGAGCUUAUUUAGAAAAUCUCAUCGCAGAAGAUAAUAAAGAAUUCAACAUUGAUGAUAUUAUCGGACCUUGUGGUAGCAAAUCUUGUAAUCUUGCUGAAAAAAUUAAAGAAUUCUUACGUCACGAGGGUGUAUUUAGCCAAGGCAGUAAUCUUGAAGGUCUUUCUACUCAAUGCGCGUGCAUAAAUCAAAUGCAAGUAGCUUUGACAAAACGAAAGUCUUGUUCUUCAAUAUGUAGUAAAGAUUGCGAAAAUAGUGAAAGUGAAGCCAGUCAGUGUGAAGGAAAGGGAUGCCCCUUUGCUAAAAAACCACAGGUAUACAAUGUCUACUAUUUUACUGUUGAACACGACUACGACAAGGAUGGUGGGCCUACACCCACGCCGGCUUCUGAAAAAUCUUUAAGAUUUAAAUACUGUUCAUCUGAUUGCCCCAGCAGUAAAACUUCUGACGUCACAUCAUUCACCAAAAGUACAUGUAGUAGCGUGACUGGUAAAAAGGUUUAUGAAUGUUCUGAAGAUUCAAAAUGUCAAGAACCAACUUGUCUAAGUAAACGGGACUUUCCUCCAAGCCCUGCGGACAGUGAUAUUAUUAUACAUUUUGAUGAUAUUCAUAAUUCAUGUUGCGUUAAAACAUGCGAUGUAGCUGAAAAAGUAAAAGAUUUUAUAUCAGAUGGUGUGAAUAGUAAAAAAUAUAAGACUAUGCAAGAUCAAGAUCCAUGUUAUUGUGAUUGUGUAUGUAAUUUUAAUUUUUCCAAAAAAACUACUUAUUGUGCUGUUUGUGGUGGUUACGAAUGCCUGGGAGAUGACAUGAAAGAUCAACCGGUAUAUGCUAAGCCUCAUCCGUGCCCUGUGUAUCACAAGUUAUAUGAUAAGAAAUAUAUAAAUGUUAAAAGUCCAUUUCUAGAAGAAAAAAAGUCUAAGCAACAAGCUGAUAAUGUGAGUACUAAAAGUUCAAAAACAGUAGCUUCUCGUGGAGGAGGUAUAUUAGAGAGUAGACUGACAUCAACUCGUUCUGUAAAAAGCAUAUCUGAUAGAGGAUCAGAAAAAAAAGAUACAGGAGAGGAGAAAACUAAGAGAGUAAAGCAAGAAAAAAAGAAAGUUGGCAAAUUCACAGCAAACGUUGAAAAAGCACUGGCUCCGGUGGUAGAAAAAAAACCUGACACCAAGUAUCCCUAUCCUCCAGUUCCUAAAUAUAUGGGGUGGAAUUGGGUUGCUGAAGACAUUCCUGGAAUGAAGCCUCGACCAAAAUGGAAGCCAGGUGCAGCCAACAAAAUCUUGGUCAGACGGUACAGAGCAAUGAGAGAAGGUAUCGAUAUUAUAGCAAAGAAAAAACGGGCUAUGAUGCAACGCAAAAAGAAGAUAGAAAUGAAACCAACAUUAGUUGUAAAAAAACAGAAUGGAGAGUAUACAGUGCAAAUGGAAGUGUUUAAGAAGUAUUCAAAGGAACGAUUAUUGUUUCAGUAUCCAUAUGAUGAAAAACCACCGUUAAUAUACACAGUAGGUAAAACUGAAGCAGAAAAGCUUAAAAUACAAAGGCAACGAGAAAGAAGAGAACGUAGGGAAACAAGACGUAAAAGUAGACUCUUACAAUCGACUUUUAGAGAUAAAUGUCAAGAGAUUUGUUUAAAGGCUUAUAAUCAAGCUAUCGGUUUACUCCCAUUACCAAAUCCCAAUGAUCCUGAAUGUCCUUGUUAUACAGAACCUGAGAAAAAUAUUAGUCCACCUAUAGAUUCAUGUUCUUGUUCCGAAGAAGGAUCUAUUUCAAGUAGCGAUACAGACGGUGACGAAUGGACCAUAGAGUUUACUCCUCCAGCAGCUAGAUGGGAUGUGAAAGUUAAACAUCCACCUAUUUUAGUGGAAAAUGAGAGUCAGUACUCAUAUUUAGAUUACAAAGUUAAACUGCUCGAUAAGCACGGAAAUCCUUUACCACGAUAUUUUAAAGGUCCUGACGGUAAACAAGAAUGUAGUGAUUUAGGCGGAUUUUGGGGUCCUGGUCAUGUUUGGAUGGAAAUUAAUAAAGACGGUUAUAUUGGUUCAGAUAAUCGAUGGGUACCGAUGAAUUUUAUUGGACCUGAUGGUAUGUUUUACUCAGCUGAAGAGGGGUGUUUUACUGAUAGUAGUGGUCAGCUAUUGAAGAUUGGCAUAGAUGGAUACGUAGAUAAAGAUGGCAAGUGGGCUUGGUAUUCUAAAAGAAAAGGACAAAAGGAUGGUAAAUUUAAAUCCAAUAUGUCAAUGUCUACAGCAGAUACAAAGAAGUCUGGUAAAGCUAAUGAACAGGAGAAAGCCACAACGGAUAAACCUAAUGUUAAAGGUAAAACUUCUCCUGAUACAACGACUCAUCAAACGAAAGGCACUAUACCGGCAUUAAAGAGCAGAGGAGAUAAAGUAAACAAAGCAGUAUCUCAUUCAUCUGUCAAAGCAAAGAAUCCUAUUGUGAUGAGUGUUUCAGUUGAUUAUAAUAGAAACAGACAUCCCCGAUUACCAAUAAAAGGCAAAAUGAGUUAUUUGGAUACAAAAAAGAUAGCUAAGUAUCGUGAAAUAAUGCAGGGAUUACAAAUAUACGAGGAUUUGGGGGAAUUCAGAGCACCAAUGAAAAUAAACAGAGCUUCCAAUACAUCAAAAAAGAAAUUGUCACCAUAUAGCAAGAGCGGCACUAAGAAUACUUACUUGACUACUGUCCCAUCGUCAGCAAAUAAAACAAAUCCGUCGUUUAAAUCUUAAAUGAAAAAUUAAAUGAGAUACAUUGCUAUUACGUACAAUAAUUUCGUCAUCGACCAUAGUAUGGGCAUGAGUAUUAUUAUAUAUAUUAUUAUCAUGUGACAUAGGUGAUCAGAUUUAUAUACUUACAUAUUUCUAUUUCUAUUUAAUUCUUUAUUUACACAUCAAUUAAUAUUUAGUUACAUAAUUAUACUAAUAUUUUGUACUCCGUACGUAUUAUCUAUAAGAAGUUUUUAUAUUUUUAAAUACAUGUAUGAAUUAUUAAAAAUAAAUAAGAUUUCAAAUUUUGACAUUAAAAUAUUGGCU